AUGCAUAUUGAGCAUCUUCUUCAAACUAAGCUUCUAUCAAGGUAUCUAAGAAUUGAUCGUGGAACAGAAACUGGAAAAAUGGCCACCAUUCACGCAUACCUGGUAAACAAAUUUGAAAUUAUGGAUGAUGCGACUGACUCAAUUAUUUAUGGCCCUUCAACUAGUAAUAAAAUAGAGCGGUGGUGGCGUGAUUUGCAUGAACGUCUCGAAAGGUACUUUAAAGCACAAUUAAGGGAGUUGUUACAGAAACACGAGUAUGAUCCAAACUUUAAUCAUGAUCGACAAUUGAUUGCAUAUGUUUAUGUACCCAUAGUUCAAAGGGAGUGUAAUACGUUCAUUAAUUACUGGAACUCUCAUCGAAUACGUGCCCAAGAAAAACUGGAAAUUCCUACUGGUAUCCCUAACCACAUGUUUUCUUUUCCUGAGAAUUAUGGAGCUACAAAUGAAGGGAUUCAUUUGUCCGAAGAGGACAUUCGUGAAGUAGCUGAGGUUUCAGGAGUGAUGAAUGCUCAAUGCUCUUACACAUGCAUUGAAGAGCAUGCCAGGCAACAAUGUGCAGAAUUGAUACCUAAUCCUGAAAAGAUUGAAGCAAAAAAUGCAAUUGAGGCAUACAGAUUUCUAAAGCAGAACAUGUUAAAUGUUUAG